GCAGUGUUACAGAACAUGGUGCUUGGCUGCGCUGCUAACGGGAAAGUUGAAGAUCACUGGUUUCAUCUGAGCGAGCUCUUGGCGAAAGCCGCGGACUUCCCGAUCGCCGUGACUGCGAAAUGCGUCAGGAGUGCCUGUACUUCCACAGCCUUCCCCCCUUCCCUUCCCGGGCUGUCCCGCCCAGGCACUGCCGGGAGCCGGCGGGUCCGGGGGAGCGGCCGAGGCGGCUCCCGGGGCAGGGCCCGGCCGGGCCAGCGCAGCGCCCUCCUGGGCAACCCCCGCGGCGCCUGCUCGCGGCUCUGGGGGAAGGGGAGGAGGAAACGCGGGUGGGGACGGGACGGGACGGGACAAGCCCUGCUGACGGUGGCUGCACCCAGAGGAGCGGAGAGGAGCGGAGGGCUGGCGGACACUGCUCGGCACGAUAUAAUGGCUGCUCCAAGUGGCAACGCUGUCCCAUCUGCACCACCUUCGUAUGAGGAAGCCAUGGGAAUCAAUGUGAACUAUCCUCACCCCUAUCCCGUCCCUGGCCCUGCACAGAAGCCAGAUGGAAAGGGAAUGGACCCUCCCCCACACAUGGGACAACCUCCACCAGCAAAUAACCCCAUCACUGUUCAGACCGUGUAUGUGCAGCAGCCUGUACGGUUGUAUGACCGCCCAGUUCAGAUGUGCUGCCCUUCCUGUAACCAGAUGAUUGUGACACGUCUCUCCUACGACUCAGGAGCUUUGACCUGGCUGUCAUGUGGUGGCCUCUGCCUGGUGGGGUGUAUAGCAGGCUGCUGCUUAAUUCCCUUCUGCAUUGAUGCCUUAAAGGAUGUGGAUCACACCUGUCCAAAAUGCAACACUCUUAUUGGUUCUUACAAACGUUUGUAGGCAGUGUUAAACACUGAUGAAGUUUAGCACCUCUACAAGCCCUCUUUGAAGCUUUGUGGAGACUUCCUGUUUUUUCUCUGCAUCUGUUCCUGGAAACCAAUAAAAAGUAACGUUUAUUGCUGGUUGGUUUGAAUACAAAUUUGCUUGAGAGGAGUCUCACUUAGGUCUGUAAAAAGCAUACCCAAUCUGUAUGGGCCACUCAGUCCAGCACCAGUGGAGAGCAGUGGAGUGUUUCCCUUUUGCUUUAUACAGAACAGGUUGGUGAUGUUCUUCAGUUAAUCUUGUCUCGGGCAUGUUGCACAUUGUGCUUGCAUUGAGACCAUGAAGUCUCAGCACAGAAAAGAGGAGGAUGUGUAUGGAGAGCUAUUCAGGCUCAUGCUUUGGCAGCAGCACUGUUUACAAACUUGUGGGGAGUUGCCUCAGAGACAGGUGCUCCUCUUUGAAAAAAAGAAAUUGGUGUCAUCUUUUCAUGAGAACUAGAAUUCAUUUAAAAACUUUUGUAGUUGGAAAAGAACCAAACCUAAAGGCUUCUUCCUUCUUAGAGAUAGCUUUUCAAAAUGGACAACUCAGGUUGUGGUGCAAAAUUAGUGAUUGAAUCUGGUUAUCUAAAUUUUCUUGCCAAUUUCAAGUCUAGUGAUAUCUCUAAUCUGAAGUAAAGAUAUUUAUAUAGAAGAUAUUUGUUCAGUGGUUUCUGUCAGGCUGGAGGCUUUCUUACUGCUGAUAGAAGGUCUCUGAAGUGUUUUCUUCACCCCAGUGGAAAUGCCCAGAGAGCCGUGGUUAACUUUUCAAACUUCCUUGUACAAUUACAUAAGUCAGCUGAUCGAUCAUAAACAAACCUUAGCCUUAAGUCUUGAAUUCCACCUGAAACACAGAAAUAAAACACUUGGGCUUUUAGUUGUUGAUCUGCUGUUAAUUAUUGUUUCUUUAUUAAGAAGGUAAAAUGUUUGUUAAGAAGUUUCUCUGAUUUUUCUAAAUUUAAUGAAAGAUGACUUCUGCUUUUAGAAACUUAAGUUGGAUAUGCUUAUUUAAGAUGAUAAUCACAAAAAAUCAGGGGAUGAGGCUCUGAAGGUUAAAGUAAUUUCUGUGUCGUAAGCAACUUGAUCAAACAACAUUUUGAUGCAUAUCAGAGAAUCUGAAUCACAAAAUCAAGGGGUUGGAAAAGCCCUUUGAGAUCAUCAUGUCCAACCUGUGUCCUAAUGCCACCUUAUCAGCCAGACUGUGUGUUGAAUACCACACCUAAUCUUUUCUUAAAUACCUCCAGGGACAGCGACUCCACCAUCUCCCUGGGUGGCCCAUUGCAAUGUCUGAUCACCCUUUCUGUAAAAAUCUUCUUCCUAAUGUCCAGCCUAAAUGAUACCUGUCCAGAAAAGGCAGACAGGUGUUUAAACAAGGCUGUGUUGGUAACGCUGUAUUAAUAUCUGUAAAAGUAAAAAGAUAAAAUAAAUACAAAUAAAAAAUACUGCAUUUACUGUUCUUGCUAAA